AUGCCCCUGAAGGGAUUUCUUUUUAUGGCUACAGCAGAGAUCAGCACUGUCUCCUGUGAGGGUGAUCAGGAGGGAGCUGCGUCGCCUCCCUCAGUAGAGGACACCCCCUCAGUUUUAAAUCAAACCUCAGCCCCCCUGAAUUUUUCUGAGCUCACCCCGAGUCAGUUUGGCAUCUCUGUGCAGAGUUUUACCCCAGCAGCAUCGUCAAAUCGCAAAGAUAAGUCUCGUCUAGCACAGCUGAAAGCCAGGCGGAGGUCCAGUGUUGGCGUCCGGGGCUCUCCAGAGACAAAUUCUCUCAUCCGCUUCAUGGCACAACAGAAGAUGAAGACUCCACCGGCAUCCCAAACUCCAGAGCUUGUCAGAAGUAGCCCCUUCCUUCCCCGGGUCGCCUCCACGCUGAGGCAGAAGAUGGCUUCCUUCCAGAGCCUGAUGGAUGUGGAGGAGAAUGAUGCCUGUGAUCCGGUGCCAGCACAGGACAGCAACACUGGAGGAUGCAUCAAGACAAGAGAUUAUCUGUCUGAUGGGAACAGCCAUGGUGGAGGGAAGGAGAACAACCCUCCAAUGACGCCUACACCCAGCAAGAGGAGGCGCACCAGCAGCCCCCCCGAAGGCUGCAGUGUGGAGAUUAGAGAGGCCAGCACGCCUACCCUCUCCUCCACUUUGAUGGAGCAGGAGGUGGAUGAAGAACGGGUGAUGCAGGCUGUUACACAAAGACCGGCGCCCUCCAGUGACUCAAUGGAAGAGGAACAAGCUAUGCCUAAGGCUAACUUUGACCUCAAGACCUCAUCCUCUGCUGAGAACCCUCAGGAUGAGGUCUUUGAACUCCAAAGCCUCAGCCGACCACCUCCUGAUGAUCCUGCAGCCGUUUCGCCACCGCAGCGUUCCUCCUCCUUCCGCAUCCCCUCACUCCCUUUGUUGCUGGAGAUGAAGCCCACAGGAGAGGAAGAGUCCAAUGGGACACCCACAACGAUGACGAAGAAGAAGAAACGUGUGCGUUUCGGAGGUCCCCUCUCUCCUGAGUUUUUCGAUAAGAACCUGCCUCCGAGCACCCCGUUACAAAAGGGAGGCACGCCGGCCCGACCACAAACUCCCGGUGGGAGCUUACAGCUUCGUUCAGUGCUGAAGACGCCGCAGAGGAGUGAAUCCAAGACACCGGAAUGUCGGCCCGACUUCAGCAGCCUGACUGCGUUUGGUGCUUCUCCUACACUCACAAUGCCUCGCAAGUCCAGAAUGCACUCUGAGGGAGACGAAGAGGAGGGAAAGAUUGUUUUCCCUUCGGUGGAGGAGAUUGGCUCUGCUGUGGCGAGUGAUACAGAAUGGGCGUGGGAUGCCCAGCCAUUGAAUUUAAACAAUGCCUUCUACGAGGAGUCUCUCUCUCAGCUUCUGACAGAGUCUGACACCAACCCCAGCACAACCUCCCAGAUGGAUGACCAGUCUGAGCCCGACUCCCUGCCAGAGAAGGAGAAGCAACCAGACGCUGGAGUUGGAGGUCCAACUGCAGCCCGAUCCAGCAACAGAAGGAGAAAGCCAGCACCAAAACAAGAACUUGGAAGCGAACCUCGAGCUUGCUCCAGCAGCCGAAAGAGGAAGCUGCCAGAAGAGAGUGAACCUGUGAAGAGGUCGGCACGGUCUGCUGCCAAGUUGGCCUCUGGGAAGAUGAAGAUGACCUCCAGCACAACGCGUCGAUGGAACAAGGACGUAGACCGCUCGCUGUACGGCUCGCGUGAAUAUGCCUCCAAGAACCCCGCCCUGAGUCCCAUCACCGAGAGGCUGUCCUUCAUCAGUCAGUCUCCAACAGCACAGGAGACUAAUUCAAUCAGCUGCAAGGCUCCAGAUCAGGAAACCCAGCUGAAUCCUGAGGUAACUAAUGAAACUCAAGUGAUACACGACCUCGCUGUGACAAAUGCCUCAGAAACCACUGUAGAAGAUUCUGUCACAUCGCCCAGCUUGAGUGAAAAAAGUGCCGCCGGGCAGGACAGCAGGCUGUUGGGGGUGAGGGUCAGAGGAAGACGACUGAAGAAAAGGAAGGUCAGUGUCGCUGACAGUGACCUGACCAGAGGAGAGACAGAGCAGCAGCUCUAUGAAGAGCAAACCACUACAAGCCUUGAGCUAUCAUCGAGAACCCCUUCUGUACAUGAAGAGAGACAAGAAGACACUGUAGAACUUUGUGCCCAGACCUCUGCAGAUACGCCCUGCACAGAGUCAGAAUGUCACGUGAGUGCACAUGCACCUACUUCAGACUGCCCGAACAACACAGAGCCAGCACAAGGGAAAGCUAAGCGGGGCAGGAGGAGCUCUGUAAGCAGCUCAGUGACAGCGGAGCAGGAGAACUAUGUAAAGAAGCACCAAACCAGCUGUGAAGAGGAGGAGGAAAGACAGGGAGACCGAGCAGCAAGCUCACAGGAAAACAUCCAGUCAAGCUCUGAUAGCCAGGAAGAGGGGGAAAGAGCUCAUGUGGACCUUGCUCCCUGGCAAGCUGACUUUAAUUUUGAGGAUGUGUUUAAACCAGUUUGCACUAGAGGGCAGCGCUCAGUGCGCCGCAGCCUGAGGAACCAGAGCAACGCUGAGAACAGCAGCAGUGCAGGGCUCGCCUGGCUGUCUCGUACCUCUCCCGAGUCCAGCAAAGAGACCCGCAGGAGGACCCGGGGCCGUCGGCUCAGUGCUGCUCUGCCCAGCCAACCUUCACUCCCUGAGGAGGCAGGAGAUGCCUCCUGAGAUCAUUUACCUAACUUAAUGAACUGAGAUUAAGAGGGAAUAAAAAAUACAUUGAUUACACCUCCACACACCACUGAUUCCCCAAAAGAGGAGACUGAUUGUUUCACACUUAGCUAAAACAUUGAUUUUUUUUCUUUCUUUUCUUUCUUUCUCUGUGAAUUAUUAGAGAUGACCAGCAAUUUGUGACCGGUUUCCCUCCAGUAACUAAGCUAGUCAUUAUGCUGAGAGCUCAAUCAUCUCUGCUGACCACCUAAUCAAUAUCGUGGCACUCAGCUGGUAAUCACAGUGCAUCUUCAGUCUGCCUCUCCAAAGUCACUGGAUCAGGCAAUGAAGUCAAUAUCUGCUCCUGAGGCUGGAUGAAGAUGGCUGUGUCUCAUUCACCAAAUGUGUCAGCCAAAGGCAGGCGGGCUCUACACAGAGAACUUAAAUGAAUUGCUCAAGUAAUUCUGCUUAAUUGUGAUUGGUGGUUGUUGUUUUUGUUGUUUUUUUCAUUUUUUUUAAUGAUCUAAACAGUUGUGGUUAGUGAAAUG